AGAGGCGCCCCGCCGCGGCCGACUGCACGCAGUACAUUGACAGCUGAAACCGUCAACCGUCAACAAAACGAGAAUAAUAUUGUCUUGUUCUGCAAUACGUUCAGCUAACCAUUCACGCUUACGACGAAACGCGGACAACACGUGGCCGAGUAAUAUUAGAGCGACGGCGGCAUGCUACACACCGCACGCUCGCCCAGUCCGGCAGCGCACCACGCACCGCACAGUGUCCUCCCAUGCGUGCUCCACUCUGUCACAGAGCAUAAAUGUUAGUUCCGAGAGUGCACCACAACACCGACAAUGGCCAACCGCAAGUGGAGGGAAUAUGUGACGGCUCUCAGUGCUACUUUGAUCACGGCGGCGGCAGGCACGACCGUCGGUUGGACGUCACCAACUCUGCCCAUCCUACUAGCCCCAGACUCACCCAUAGCGACGUCACCAGACCAGAGCUCAUGGAUCGCCUCCAUUAUGAUAUUAUGUUCAGCCGCGAGCCCUAUUCCUGCGGCGUAUCUUGCAGACAGGAUAGGAACCAAGAAGACGUUACUCCUGGCUUCAGUCCCUUACAUCAUUGGGUGGAUACUGGUGAUGUUUGCAGGCAAUGUCCCCACGAUAUACGCCUCCCGUCUCAUCUCAGGCCUCGGGUACGGCAUAGCGUACACCACCGCGCCUAUGUACCUUGGCGAAAUCGCCUCCGAUGACGUCAGAGGCGCCAUGGCAACACUCAUCACUGUCAUGUCGAAGUUCGGUAUCCUGUCUCAGUAUUGCAUCGGGCCGUACGUGUCCAUGUUGGGCCUGGCCAGCUUCAACAUCGCCAUCCCGAUCCUGUUCGUGGUGACCUUCAGCACCAUGCCAGAAUCACCAUACUACUACAUCAAACACGGCCAGAAGCAAGAAGCAGAAGCCUCACUCAAGAAGCUCAGAGGUCGCAGCUACGUCAGAGAAGAAUUAGAAAGUAUGAACAAUCUGGUCUCAGAGAACAUGAAAGAGAAGGGUCGCUGGAAAGACCUGUUCUACGUAGGAGGGAACAGGAAAGGACUCAUCAUUUUGAUGGGCAUAUACUUCACGCAACAAUUCUGCGGCAGUACUGCGAUCAUAUCGUACGCGCAGCAGAUAUUUGGGGCAGCUGAGGGAGGCAUGGGCGCUGAAGAGUCCUGCAUAUUGUUCGGAACUGUUCAACUCCUAACAUCGGCCAUGUCAUCACAGUUAGUGGACAGGCUGGGAAGAAAGCCUCUGCUAUUAAUAUCAUCGUGUGGCGUCGGACUAGCCAACGUCAUCAUCGGAGCGUACUUCUUCAUGAAACACCAGAACAGCGAGUACCUCGUCAGUUUAAAGUUCAUUCCUAUCGUUGUGAUACCCAUAUUUAUAUUCUCGUACACUAUAGGUUUAGCCACGGUGCCCUUCGCUAUCACUUCGGAAAUAUUCCCCACAAACAUUAAAUCAAAGGCGACUUGUGUUAUCCAGAUAUUUGCGGCGUUAAUGACGUUCGCGGUAACCAAGUUGUAUCAAGUGGUGGCGGAUAAUUUAGGGAACUAUGUCGCCUUCUGGGGGUUCGGGGCGUUGUCGGUGCUCGGUGUUAUAUUUAUAUUGUUGCAGCUGCCUGAAACUAAAGGACAAUCGUUCGCCGCGAUACAGGAGAGACUGUAUUCGCCAAAUAAAGUGGUGUAUGAAAAAGAUGAGGACCACAUGGCCAGAGUUAAGAUUACCUUGUGACAAAGUACAUUGUUUCUAAAGUAUACGUAUUUUGUAAGUUAUUUAAUGCUGUACACUUUAAGUUGUUCGUUAUACAUAGUACUUUAAUGCUAUACAGUACUUAAUUCUCCGUCCGCGCUACGUGGCGACAUUCCGCAGAAAACCUAAUUUGUCGUGCCUGUCUUCUUUGUAUUAUAUCGUAGUUGUAACUGUUAUAGCGAGAGCUAUAGACCAAAGAAUUCACUUUAGUGCUAUUAGAAGACUUUCUGGAUGGUUCUCGAACGUUUAGGUUUCAAAUUAUAGAAAUAUUUUGGUUCUACUGUUAAAUGGACUUCCAUUUGUGUUUAGCCCAGUUGUAAUUGUAAUAGAAGAAUAUGAUCUAUAUGUAUAAGUUUUCGUAUUAAGUUUGUUUGAGUAUUAUGUGCCAACAAUAUAAGAUGGAGCAUCUACUUAACAGUUUAAAUGUGAUGGAUAAAACUUGAAGAGUGAGAAGUGCCUACGUUAACUUGUAACAUGAUACUUAAGUAGUUUAUAGUAUACACUGUUAUUUAUUACCUGAAACAUUUAUUAUAAGGAUCAAAAAGUGCCUUUAUAUAUAUUAUACAACAAACAUCUAUAUAACAGAACAAGUACAAAACAUAAUAUAAGUUACUGUAAUGCUAGUUCUUGUAAACUGUCCCAAGUUUUUUAAACAGCUUGUAAGAACUCACAGGGAUAUACAAACGAAUUUAUGCUUGAAUAACAGUUGAAUGUUUAUAGAAUCUCUUACAUUACAUUUUGUAUGAAUCCGAAAACCGAAUGAAUGGUAACGGUGGCGGAAUACUAUUUUUUAAAUAGGUACAAUCAUUAAAAUUAGUUGGUACUGUCACCCUACACUACUCAUAAUCGAAUAAAACAUAUCUAUCAAUCUAUGAAUGAAACAUAUUACUUGAUUUUGAAAGUGCAUGCCAAAUAGUGCUUUAAAAUACCUUUAUUUAAAGUCUAUACUUGUUCUAAACCUAUUCGCAAAGCAUGUGAGUACCGCACUAAAACCACAAUAAGUUCUAAGCCAAACAUUUUAUAAAUGGAUUGUAGCUCGUCACUAGUUAGAAAAGUUUUUGUACCCCAAGGUAACUGGAACAGGGGUUGGCUAUUAUUUUUCCUUGUUUAGAACGGCCCGGACAGUUCGGUACAGUCGACCAAAUAGUUUUGUGUUCACCUACUCGUAACUCCUACGGACGAGUUGCGGGAUUUUUUCCCGGAGUUGUAAACUACCGCUUUUCACCUGGUGUUUUUCAUUUGUGAAUACCUUAAUUGUGGUUGAUUCUGUUGUUUUUCAUGGAAAUAUGUUUUGGCUUAACAUAUUCUUUACCUCAACAUGGUGCUAUUGCGUGUAAUUAUUUUUAGUAUUUUGAUCAACCAACUUUGUGGUAACUUGACAAUGAAUAAGUGCUUAUUUAAUAAAAAUGUUUAUGGUAACAGCAUUGGAAACAGCAAUUAAUUGAGUAGUUUAUACAUAUUAUCGAUUAAUUACUAGUAACUGUCUCCAAGAAAAGAAAUAUGAGAAUAGUUACCAAACAUUUGUUCGACUGUACCUCGGUCAGCAACUGCACUUCAUUAAGGCUCUUUGCAAUAUUUUUGUAACCAACUUGUUCUAACUCCUCUCCCAAACUUGUUAACAGUUAAGUCUAUUUUGGACUCUAUUCCAAUAGACUUGUGUAUUAUAUUGCUAUACUGAAUUUCAGAGCAUGAUAACGCAUUGUAGCGAUUUUGCUCUGCAUAAAAGCAGCUAUUGAUGAUGAGUGCCGUGGAAUAAGAUUAAGAAUUUAUGUUUUAAAAGCUUUCGGUGUAUUGAAAUAUUGGUUGAAAGAUGAAUUAUUUUGUGCCUUAAAAUGUUAUUGAUAAUGGUCUCUUGGAAAUUUCGAUUCAUAUGCAUAUUAAUGCAGGAUUUAUGGGAACUUCGUUUUAAACAAAUAAGUGAAAAAGAAACAAAGUAAAAGCAAAUUGUAUUUUAUGAAUAAUUGCACGAAUUGGUAUACUGUGUUAGUCUGAUCCACGAUUUUAAUAGUCUUCUAUACUGUCCAUGGGCUUUCUAUAACCUCUUUAGGUAUAUUUGCUCGGUUUGCCAUCCUCUAAUUAUCCCAUUAAUCGAUCGAGCUAAUUGAAAAUUUACCUUUUGGCACUGAACUUAAGUACUAAAGUUAAUACUAGUGAAAAAUAUUUAUUAAUAGAAUACUAACAUUAUUUCAAAUACGUACUUAGACCACACAGCAUUUAUAUUAGGUAAUUAAAUUUCACAUUUUUACGCUGCGAAAAUAGAAAGAUCAAAAACCUAUCGCCCACAGGAAUUUUAGUUUAUAAUGGAAAAGUAAAUUGAAAUUUUGUGCGAUGAUAUCGAAUUUAUUUAUAGUAGAAGAAUAUUUAAUCCUCGCAGGAGUAAAAAUAGACGUAAAUGUUACCUAUAUUAUGUAAAAUAUUUAUUUUUUAAUGUAAAAAAUGUGAUUUUACAAACAUUCCGAAUGUCUCACGAUUCUCGUGCCAUUUUACAAUAAAAAUGAAAUAAAUAAAAAUAAUAUUGUUUGUUGAACCGGAAUGCAAUGUUUUGUGAACUUCUCUAAUUAAAUAUUAAGAUUAAUAUUUAUGAAUAAUUUUUAAUUAAUUCUUAUUAAAAGAUAUUGUGAUAACA